CUCAGUGCGGCCCGUCGCUCGGAGCCGCGGCGGGAAAGUCUGACUGAGGCGUCCGGCAGUCGUGGCCUUUCUGCCUUCGUCCGCCUGGCAGUGAAGGCCGGCCGUGAUGGAGGAGGAACUGGAGCCCGAGGAACAGGAGCGAUUCUCUUACCAGCAGAGGCUCAAGGCAGCGGUCCACUACACAGUCGGCCGUCUGUGCCAGGAAGUUGCGGAGGACAAAGAGGUGCAGUUCAGCAAGCAAACCAUUGCUGCGAUUUCGGAGAUGACCUUCCGGCAGUGCGAAAAUUUUGCCAGAGACCUUGAAAUGUUUGCCAGACAUGCUAAAAGAAGCACGAUUAACACAGAAGACGUGAAGCUCUUGGCCAGGAGGAGCAAUUCGCUGCUAAAAUACAUCACAGAGAAAAAUGAAGAGCUUGCUCAGCUGAACCAAGAGCGAAAGGCAAAGAAGAAAAAGAAGCCGGAGGAUGGAAACCAAAGUUGCAGGGAGCCAGCAGAGGCUGAAGCAGGGGAAAGAAAGGACCUGAAGCUUGCAUCAAGGGGCACAAUCCAGCCCCGGAGUGCUUUUGUGUUCGCCCCUCGCUCGCUCGGGCUCCUGCGUCAUCGCUGAAGUGUGAGGAGAGGGCUCCAGGAUCGCUGACGUGGAGACGCCACAGCCCGUGCCAGAGCUGACCAGACCCGGCCUCGGA